AUGGCAACCGUUCCUGAUCGUGGGUGGUGGGCUACACCUUGCUUGAUUCGCCUCAAUCUCUGUUUGAUCUCCCUGACCUUCCUCUCAUCGACCAAUGGAUAUGACAGCUCCCUCCUCAAUGGUCUUCAAUCACUCCCAGUAUGGAUGUCUUUCAUGGGCACUCCCGGAGGCACGUGGCUGGGGUUCAUCAACACCCUCUACUGGAUUGGAGCUGCUUCCACCGCUGCCCCUGCCGCGUGGUUUUCCAAUCGGUUUGGCCGCAAGACCGUCAUCUGGGCAGGUAUGGCCUUCUUAGCCACAGGUACGGCGUUGCAGACCGCCGCACCCUCGCGUGCCCUGUUCAUGGUUGGCCGAGUCCUGGCCGGGGCGAGUAUGGGGUUCAUGAACAACGCAGGGCCCGCCCUGAUUGCCGAGGUGGCUUAUCCUCGUCACCAGGGCAUCGCCACCGCCCUCUACAUGACAAGUUACUACUUUGGUAGCAUUGCAGCGGCCUGGAUCGUCUAUGGGACCCGCACCCUAGGCGAUUCCAACUGGGCGUGGCGCAUCCCAUCGCUCUGCCAGCUGCUGAUGCCCUGCAUAGCCCUCCCAGGCCUUCUCGUCAUCCCUGAGAGUCCACGGUGGAUGAUCGCGCAAGGCCGGGUCGACGAAGCGCGCCAAACUGUAACUAAAAUCUAUGCAGAUGGAGCCGAGGGCUUAGAGUGGGUGGAUGCAACCGUUGAGCACAUUCAGGCCAGCCUGAUGGCCGAAGAGGAGGAGGAAAGCUCAGCGGGCUACGCAGUGAUGCUGCGCACCCCCAGCAACCGCCACCGGCUGUUCAUCUCCCUCAGCCUGGGCUUCUUCGAUCAGUGGGUGGGCAACGGGCCACUUUCAUAUUACUUCACCCUCAUUCUCGGCACCUUGGGGGUCACCAACACCGGAGACCAGCUCCUGAUAUCCGCCUGCUUGCAGAUCUGGAAUCUAAUCUUCGCAGUCGGCGGCGCCGUUUCCGUGAACCGUCUGGGCCGGCGUCCGCUGUUCCUCACCUCUGCUGGCAUUAUGCUGGUCAGCUAUAUUUUGAUGACUGGGCUGUCGGGAGCAUUUGCCACGACGGGAAAUGCAAAGACAGGCAUGGCCUUUAUUCCAUUUGUGUUUAUCUACUUUGCUGGAUAUGAUAUUGCUCUAACCCCCCUGUUGACCUCUUACCCCUGCGAGAUUUGGCCCUUCCGCCUACGUUCCCGUGGCCUGUCGGUGACAUGGAUGUCCUGCAUCGUGGCCGUCAUCUUCAACACGUUCGUCAAUCCUAUCGCUCUGGACGCGAUUGGGUGGAAAUACUACAUUCUGUACGUGGUGUUGCUCGUGAUCUACGGGCUUGUCUUGUACUUCUUCUACCCGGAGACACGGGGCCGUACGCUCGAGGAAAUGGCGGCCGUGUUCGAUCGCACUGUAGUAGUCGCGGUGGACCCGGAGUCGGAUAUGAAGAAGGAUGAGAAGGAUGAGAAGGUGUGCUGUGAGAAAGCGUAA